GCUGACAACAGUUCAUCUGGAGGAUUGGCUGGUGGACAAACCAAGCCUGAAGAAGCAGCUUCAAAUUCUCACACCUUCAAAAACAAGACCUUUAAGAAAUCCAAAAUUUGUGGAAUCUGCAAAGAAGUAAUUGACGGCCAAGGCAUUUCAUGCAAAGUUUGCAAGUAUGCCUGCCACAGGAAAUGUGAAGAGAAGGUGGUGACACCCUGCUUUCUUCCAAGCAAUUACGAACUGAUCUCUCCCAUACUGGUGCCUCUGGGACACAGUUCUGUGGAAAUUUAUGGUCGUGCAGCCCAAUAACUCUGAGGCCUUUAAAAGUCAUGUAACCAGAACUAAUUCCAGCAGUUUUUCAAAAAGCUCAUCUUUCUGUUGUGACAAAGUAUCACGGAGCGCAGACUUUGAUCACAUUAUGGAGGAAGGUUAUGAGCUUGACCUCACUUACAUCACAGAGCGGAUCAUUGCUGUAUCCUUCCCUGCCAGCUGUUCUGAGGAAACGUACCUGCACAAUCUGCAAGAUGUAACCCGAAUGCUCAAAUCCAAACAUGGAGAUAACUACCUGGUGUUAAACCUUUCUGAAAAGAGAUAUGACCUUGCCAAGCUUAACCCAAAGAUUAUGGAUGUGGGCUGGCCUGAUCUCCAUGCUCCACCUCUCGAUAAGGUGUGCACCAUCUGCAAGGCUAUGGAGUCAUGGCUGAACAGCGAUCCCCAACAUGUGGUGGUGAUCCAUUGCAGAGGAGGAAAAGGAAGGAUAGGCGUAGUCAUAUCAUCGUAUAUGCACUUCACCAAUGUGUCUGCAAGUGCUGAUCAGGCUCUAGACAGAUUUGCUAUGAAGAAAUUCUUUGAUGAUAAAGUUUCAGCGUUAAUGCAGCCAUCCCAAAAAAGAUAUGUCCAAUUUCUAAGUGGCCUUCUAUCUGGAUCUGUGAAAAUGAAUACAACCCCUCUUUUCCUGCACUAUGUUGUCCUUCAUGGCAUCCCAAGCUUCGAUGCUGGAGGAGUUUGUCGGCCUUUUCUGAAGAUAUACCAGGCUAUGCAACCAGUUUAUACAUCAGGAAUAUAUAGCGUAGGGCCAGAAAAUCAAAGUCGCAUCUGCAUUGCUAUAGAGCCAGCCCAGCUUUUGAAGGGAGACAUUAUGCUAAAGUGUUAUCACAAAAAAUAUCGGUCAGCUACUCGGGAUGUCGUUUUUCGUCUUCAGUUUCACACUGGAGCUAUUCAAGGACAUGGCCUGGUGUUUGGCAAAGAGGACUUAGAUAAUGCCAACAAAGAUGACCGUUUCCCUGAUUAUGGGAAGGUAGAACUAGUGUUUUCAGGAACCCCAGAGAAAAUUCAAGGAUAUGAACACCUUCAGAACGACCAUGGAGUGAUAGUUGAUUACAAUACCUCAGAUCCACUGAUACGCUGGGACUCCUAUGAAAAUAUGAGCCCUGAUGGGGAAGUGCUGCAUACCCAAGGUCCCAUUGAUGGCAGUCUGUAUGCAAAAGUGAGAAAGAAGAGCUCUUCAGACACCAGCAUCCCCGGUGUUGCUCAGGGUGUUCCUGUGACCAGCAGUCCCGAUCACAGUGAUCAUACCCUCUCUGUCAGCAGUGAUUCGGGACAUUCAACAGCUUCCGUCAGGACAGACAAGACUGAGGAGCGCCUUGCGCCGGGAGGCAAACGGGGUCUCAGCCCGCAAGAGAAGGCAGAGCUGGACCAGCUACUCAGUGGCUUUGGUCUGGAGGAUUCUGUCAGCACCGCCAAGGAUAUGACUGAUGCCCGAAGCAAGUACAGUGGGACUCGCCACAUAGUGCCAGCUCAAGUUCACGUGAAUGGAGACACCAAGCUUAAGGACAGGGAGACCGAUAUUCUGGAUGAUGAAAUGCCCAAUCACGACCUUCACAGUGUGGACAGCAUUGGGACUUUGUCCUCCUCAGAAGGCCAGCACUCCACCCACCUUGGGAACUUCAGUUGCCAUAAGAGUAGUCAGAACUCCCUUCUCUCAGAUGGCUUUGGAAGUAACACUGGGGAAGACCACCACAGUGCUCUUGCCCCAGACCUGGGAAUUGGUGUGGAUCCCCUCUAUGAGAGAUCGUUUGGAAGCAGUGAGCCAAAGCCAGCUCAGCAGCUGCAAAGGAAUCCUUCUGUCUCACCUCAGCCUCAAGCCUACGGCCCAAGUAACUACUCUACGCAGACCUGGGUACGCCAGCAGCAGAUGGUCACUGCUCACCAGUACAGUUUUGCCCCGGAGAGUGAAGUGAGGGUUGGCAUUCAUAACACUGUAGAGAAUUCAGGCAGUGUCCAGAGCCAGUCCCGGGUCCCGGACACCCCGACGCGGGGCUCCAGCAGCAGAGAUGCUGUGCAGAGAGGGCUCGGAAAUGUGCCAGGUGUCAGCGAAGCUGCAGAACGCUCCAGCGGCGAGAGUUUUAAGCCAAGACUAGUGCCUCAGAGGGACACAAACGGUCUGGAUCUAGGACUGAAUACAGGGGGCUUGCCAGCUUCUCCAACUUUGGAUAUUGAUCAGUCCAUUGAGCAGCUGAACAGGCUGAUCUUGGAAUUAGACCCUACAUUUGAACCUAUCCCAACCCGCAUUAACACUGUCACCAGGGACCCAAAUCAAGUAAAUGGCUUCAUCAGUCCUGAUGCAGGCAUGGAAGGGCUUGGCAGGAGCCCUGGCUUCCAUGAGAAAGGAGAGAUCACAAACAGGAAUCCCUCUCGGCAUGCAACAGGUUUGCAAGAUGAUAAUGCAUCAGGAGGAAGGAUCAGAAAGUUGAGUGUCGGACAGUAUGACAACGAUGUCCAAGGGCAGCCAACGUACACGAGGUGUGGAUGGGUGAAGUCUCCUGCUGUUGACCAGGCUAUAAAUCCAGGAUCGCUAAUUGCUGCAGGGGAGACCAAAGAGAUGGCUGUGGCGUGUUACCAAGAUGAAAUAGAUGGGGGAAUCUUCUCCCCAGCCAACAAUGGAAAUGAAGCUGUCUCAUCCACACCAGCUUUUCCACUGUCACCAGAGACACCAUAUGUGAAAACACCUCCGCUAUAUCAUCAACGGAUUCCCUCUGGCCAAAAGGCCAGCAGCCCAUCUGAGCUGUACAGAACUGGUCCUGAAUCGCGAGGUUACACAGAAGCCCUUAACCACUCCAUUGUGAUGUCUGACAGCACCAUGGGCACUAACCCUGCUCUGCUGAGGACCAACAUGCAGCCAGAUCCCUCCUUUCAGCGGGCUUUUGCGUCGUCAUGUACUAUUUCAAACAACAGUCCCAUCCCAGGGGGAGAAAGCUCUUCUGCAACAGAUCGUCCUUGGCUUGAAAACAGCCCUAAAUCUUCCCCAUCACUCCAACUUUCAAUGGGAAACAGCAGGCCAGCAGGAAGUUACCUUGUGCCCUCCGAAUUUUCAAACCCUGUGCAAGAUGGUUCUCUCUUGUCUCAUUUCCAAACCCCAGGACUGCAAGCGGUCGCCCUGAGCAGCCGGGAGAAUUCACCAGCAGAGCAGCAGCAAGAACCUGCUGUCAGCAGCAGCGCCCGGGCCUACCUCAACUAUGGUGGGGGCAACAUGGGCAGCAGCUCCCCUCGAGAGGAGAAGCAAGCUACUUUCAUGGCCAACACUAGCCUCUCUCCUAAAGCCAUGAGCUCAACGAAGGCAAGUGCAGAGGACAAUGGCUUUUUGCCGCACAGCUUUCUUGCAGCGGCCUCCGGACACAACGGUCAGAACAGCGUGGUUCAGCAGCACCAUGGAGGGAACCUGCACUCUCAGCCACCUCUUCCAGAGAAAAAGAGGUCCUCUGAAGGAGACCGUUCCUUUGCUUCCGUCUCACCUUCUUCAAGUGGCUUCUCCAGCCCCCACAGUGGAAGCACAAUCAGCAUCCCGUUCCCAAACGUCCUCCCAGAUUUCUCAAAAGUUUUAAGCACUUCCCCAUUGCCAGAAAACGCAACUGAUAAACACGUGACUGUAAAAUUUGUCCAAGACACAUCCAAGUUUUGGUAUAAGCCAGAUAUUUCAAGAGAACAAGCCAUUGCCGUUCUGAAGGACAAGGAGCCUGGCUCAUUCAUUGUUCGAGACAGUCAUUCUUUCCGGGGAGCCUACGGGCUAGCAAUGAAAGUCGCUACACCGCCUCCUUCUGUGCUGCAGUUAAACAAGAAAGUUGGAGAUUUGUCAAAUGAACUUGUAAGGCAUUUUCUGAUUGAAUGCACUCACAAGGGGGUACGCUUGAAAGGAUGCCCAAAUGAACCAUAUUUUGGGAGUUUGACGGCUCUGGUGUAUCAGCACUCCAUUACUCCCUUGGCACUGCCCUGCAAGCUGCUCAUCCCGGACAGAGAUCCCUUGGAGGAGAUAGCAGAAACUUCUCCACAGACCGCUGCAAAUUCAGCAGCGGAGCUUCUCAAACAGGGUGCAGCGUGCAAUGUCUGGUAUCUGAAUUCGGUGGAGAUGGAGUCCCUCACGGGCUACCAGGCAGUGCAGAAAGCCUUGAGCCUGACACUGAUGCAAGAUCCUUCACCCAUCUCAACCGUGGUCCAUUUCAAGGUGUCCGCGCAAGGAAUCACACUGACAGAUAAUCAGAGAAAGCUCUUUUUUCGGCGACAUUAUCCUGUCAACACUGUUAUUUUCUGUGCUUUGGAUCCACAGGACAGAAAAUGGAUGAAAGAUGGCCUUUCAGCAAAAGUAUUUGGGUUUGUUGCCAGGAAGCAAGGCAGCGCCACAGACAACGUGUGCCACCUUUUUGCAGAGCACGAUCCGGAGCAACCUGCCAGUGCCAUUGUGAACUUUGUAUCAAAGGUCAUGAUUGGAUCCCAGAAGAAGAUCUGAUGCCUUUCCAGCCUUGACUCAGAGCUCUUCACUGACUUGAAGGAAAGCAGUGUGAGAGGGAGAAAGACUAUUCAGCAGCAAAGCCUGAACCUCGCCAUUCCCAAGAAGGAAAGCAGAGGACAGUCUGUCUGCAUUAAGUUUGAAAGUACAGUCUUUUCUUUGAAGAUGCCUCUGACUUAUCGAAGCAUUGUCUGUUUCUUUUUAUAUCAAAGGACAAAGCAAAAGAAGUUGGGUGCCACCUAAACCCACGUAGCCCAUACCUGAAUGAAGCAUAAAUGAAAAACUUUUCCCCUGAAGGGUUUCUAAUCAAUUUUCACAUGCUGUUUUUCAUCAUUUAUUGGAACAGAAAUAUUCACCCACUCACUAGGCUAUGCUACUCUUUUGUGCAGAAAACGUUUCUUAGAACCACCACAAAGACACUUGCCAUAAUUGCAUCAAUGGUAGCUAUAAGCCUUGCAAGCAUAUGCUCUUAAGAGAAAGGUGGUCUGAGGAGGACUAUUUGCUCUUCCCUUCAUCUUUAUGUGAUCAGUGGUGGGAAUUGAAUGGAGAAGGGGAAGAUGUAUGUGAAGAGAAGGUUUGUGCAAGUUGAUUUCUGUUAAGAAAGGAACAGCAGCGUGGAAUAUUCAGGGAGAUUUCUCUGUAUUUAGUGUAAAGAAGGCUGGGCAGUUUUAGCUUGAAUAAUUUUAAAUAGGGGAGAGGUGGCAGACCAAAAAUGGUUGUGUGGAAAUGUAUUCCGUAAUUUGUUUUUGUAUUAUUAUUUUUUAUACAAAGUACUAAGCAGGGAAGAUACUGUAUUUUAAUAAUUGCAGGAUAAAAAUGAGGGAAAAGCAAAGAGGAAAAUUUUAUAAUUUAUAUAUUUUUGCCUGUGCCAGAUUAUUUAUAGUAGAUCUCAGAUCUUGGUAUAUCAUACGGAUAUUCCUAUACUAGGCCGCUGUUGAGCUUUGCCUUUUUAGCGCUAUUUUGCAUAAGUAAAAGCGUGUUGUACGUGCCUUGCUCUAGAGAGUAGAGUUUCAUAUUUUUACUUUUGUCUUACCGUGCUGAGCUACUUCCCAUCUACUGUCUCUUUGCAAUAACGCUUCGGCUGUAACGUUUGUUCCCCUGUCUAAUAACUACGUACGUAAGUGGGUUCUUUUUGGCCCCCUUUUUUAUUGGAGUUUUGGGGAUUUUUGGCUUUUUUCAUCUGUAGGGACUGUUUUCAUGUUUUAUAGUUGUGUUUUAAUAAUUUCUUGAGUCAGGAAAUCCAAAAGGGAAUGGAAUUUAUUUCGUUACUCUAUCCCAUUUCUUGAGAUCGUUUGUUUCAUGAUUUAUACAGCUGUCACACCUGUACGAAUCUCUCUCUCUUUAUAAGCACAUCUGUAUUUUAAAUGCAUAACUGUUAGCUUUACAGCAAUUAUAUAUUACAGAAAAUGUAUAAGAUAGGUUACAGUGGAAACCUUUAUGAAGGACAGCCAUCUGAGGUCUACUGUUAUAAAUCCCUUGCACUCCCAAGAGAGCAGUACUAGACCCCAUAUCAGAACAGAAGGUAAUAAAACAACCGCAGUGUGACAGUGCGGAGACGUUUCAUUGCCUCGAUUUCUCUGAUGUGUGGGUGUCAGCAUUACAGUAAUAACCUGAGCAAUAAGAUGACAUGCUGAAUUCUGCAUGCUAGACGCAUGAGGCAUUGGAUUAACUAGUGGUUGUUAGAUUUGGACUGGAAGACUUCCUUCAAUCUCUUCUACUAAAUAAUAAUUAAAAAGGAUGGCAAACUCUAAUUGGGCUAUACAAUAAAAAAGUUCCACCCAUCUAAACUGUAUUUGUCUGUAUAGAUGAUGAUCUGGUUUUUAUUAUCAGCUCCCUUCCUUCAUUUCCUAAAGUGUUAGAAUCAUGGAAACCUUAUUCAGUGACCAUGGCCAAAAAUGUUACCAAAUGAUUUGUAUAGUGAUGAAUUUUGUGUAAAUAACUUUAUACUUUUUAAUGGGAAAGGGAGGAGGGGAGAGAGAGAGAGAGAGAAGAAAGAUUUGAAGUAUAAUGUCUGCGGACAAGGAAGCGGCACAGUAGUAAAAAUGGGCAUUGGAUGUACAUAGAAGGGUUAAGCAAUCCAAAGCAUCGUAGCUACCGUUGAAGCAACAAAGGCAAGUGCCUCUGAUUUGUACCAAAUACUUGUAUUCUUCCGAUACAGAGGUGUAUUACUUUAACAGUGUUUAUAUACCAUCCAAAAGAGAAUGCAGUUCUUAUUAUUAGCAAGUCUGAUUCUUUUGAAACAUCCUAACAGUCCUUCAUAGGACUUAUAUAUUUUUUAAAUAGUGUUUUGAUGCACCAGAAACCCAGUUGCCUGAUCUAGUUGGCCGGUUGGAGCCCAGUGAAUUUCUUCAGCUGACAUCACAACUAGAUUCAAGUUGGGUUUAUCUGGGAUAAAAAUCAUAUGUAAUAAAUAUGACAGGUUAAAAGGAUUCAAAUGAGGAGGAAGUUCUGAUUAUAUCUUUUUCCACUUGUAUAGAUGAUACUUGAGUGUCUGUUGUUAAACAGCAAGUGUUGCCCUUUGGGCUGAAACUAGUGUCAUUUUUUCCUUGUCAUUUCCACUUGGGGCCUUAUUUUGUAUUCCUUGUGUGUUGUCCAGGCCUGCCGAAUUCAGGAACACAAGGAAUUCAAGGCUAACACUCCUGUUUCCUGGGUGUUUAGCCCUCUUUGAUAAGUGGGAAAGACAAAGUUGCCCUGUUUCAAAGGGACCUUUUCUAUUAUUGCAUUCCUUUGGAUGGUAUAUUGCCAUGCGCUUUUUGCUCUUUAAUGAAUUGAAAAAUGCACAAAGCAAAAUAGUUCAGUAAGUACCGUUGUGUAGUGUGUGUAGAAAGGCAUUCACAGAACUUAUGUUCAUGGCAAAUACAUGACUAAAUAGUUAAUACAGCACUUUCUUUUGAAGGUUUUUGGUAGAUGUGUAUAUGCAGUCUCAUACGUAAUGCCAGCAAGUUGACACAUAUUUAGCCAAGCGCCUAUUAACCUGCUUGUGAAAUGUACUGCUAUAAUCUUACAGUGUUAAACUACAAAAAUGCUAAAAGCCAUGUCUUUUAAUUAAAUGGUUCCCAUGUAUCCCACAGUAUCAUUAAAAUUUUAAUGUUUCCUUCUUGGAUUUACCUAUUAGUGAAAAUUUUUGCCUUUUUCUUUAAACUGUAAAGAAGCAACAAAGGAUCUCCAGUAUGUAAAUGAAUGUUCUAUAAAUUCUUUGUAUAGUCAUUUUCUCUGCUCUUCAGAUAUCGCCUCUAUUCAGAUUAUAAUAAAAUUAUGAAUGUGAAAUCUCA